AUCUCAAAUCUGCGUGUGGCGUUUGGGGCCUGCAAUUACAGUCGCCAUCUUCUUGUCAUCACAGACGUACGGAGAAGGACGACGGCCACCGAAAUUUACUACAAACCCAGCGUCAUUUUUCUCAGAGACAGGGUCGAGUCAGAACAGUUAGUUACAUGAGUACAUGGACUGCCUGCUAAUCGAUGCUUAUGGUUUUGAUAAGGCUGGUAUAGGUUUUCCCGGGUCGCUCAGCUCAAAGAUGGACGACAAAGCGGCGAGGGAAGACGCCUGCCGAGAGUAUCAGUCCUCGCUGGAAGACCUGACAUUCAACAGCAAGCCGCACAUCAACAUGCUGACCAUUCUGGCCGAGGAAAACAUCAACUUCGCCAAGGAUAUCGUCGCAAUUAUUGAAGCGCAAAUAAGCAAGGCCCCACCUACCGAGAAGCUUCCAGUUUUGUACUUAGUGGAUUCCAUAGUGAAGAAUGUUGGAGGAGAAUACCUUGCAGUGUUUGCUAAAAACCUAAUCACUUCAUUUAUAUGUGUCUUUGAAAAGGUGGAUGAAAACACUAGAAAGAGUCUGUUCAAGUUGCGUUCAACGUGGGACGAUGUGUUUCCCCUGAAGAAACUGUACGCGCUGGAUGUCCGGGUCAACUCAGUCGACCCGGCCUGGCCCAUCAAGCCACUGCCGCCCACUGUUAAUGCCAGCAUUCACGUCAACCCCAAGUUUUUAAAACAGUCCGAGGAGGUGUCCUCGCCACAGCCUGUUCCUGCCCCUCAGCCUUCGACACCACCUGCAACAGUAGAGCCUGCUCCCCAGCCAGCCCCUGCUGUGAGCCAGUACAGCAUGACCCAGGAGCAGCUGAUCCGGCAGCAGCUACUGGCUAAACAGAAGCAGCUUCUGGAGCUUCAGCAGAAGAAGAUCGAGCUGGAACUGGAGCAGACCAAAGCCCAGCUGGCUGGUGGAUUUGUGUUGCCAACAUCAACUCCAGUCUCCACCCCAGCACCACCCAGUACGGUGCCAAAGCCUGCAAGUCAAGCUGCCCCAGUGGUUCGACCCUGGAUCCCUCCUCAGACUCAGACAGACACCAAGUCAUCCACCAGAGACCCCCGUCUGAACCGCCCCGGGCCCCCAGCUGCCUCCCAGCCCAAAGAACAGCCUGCUGGGAAGAAAACAGACGCAGCCACAAUAGGAAGUCCUGCUGCUGCAACACCUGAUAAAUCCACCCGGCCCGACAAGGCCAGGACCCAGAGGAAGGAGGUGCUAGAGGAGAAGCCUAAGUCCAAGUCCCCAUCUCCGAUGGCUAAAAGUGUUCAAAGUAAAACCAAACCUGUGGAGGCUGAGAUUCACAAGUCAGGUGACGGCACAAAGAAAGAUCCGAGGCUGAGAAAACGCACGCAAGACAAAACUGCAGAGGCCAAGGACGACGAGCUGAAGGAGAAGAAAAGAUGCACUGACAAGAAGGAAAGAGAUGAGGCUGCACGGGGAGCAGAGCCUCAGAGAUUCACCAAAGGGAAGCUGGUGAACGGCUCGGUGACCAAACACGAGCGUGAUGAGUCCUCAGAGAAGGCUGAGUUCAAGUCUGGAGGCAAUGCCCGGACGCAUGCCAGAAAACGCACCCGUUCGCGCUCCAGGUCGCGCUCCCCCACCUCCUCUCCAAAGAGAAAAGACAGACGCUCGCCCAAGAGCAGAGCCAGAAGCAGCUCCUUGUCCCCGUCGCCCUCUCGCAAAUCCAGCAAGCCCAGGAGGAUCCGCACAGACGAAUCAGAACAUGGGAAGGCCGGCCGAGAGGACAGGCUCACACCCAAAAAGAACCAGUUGGAGAGCAGGAGGUCAAAGAGACCGGCGGAGGAGCGGCACUCCGAAUCCAGAGAAUCUCACUCCCCACGGAGCCAUGACGGAGGAGCCAAGGAGAACAAGGACGCUCCUCAUCGCUGGAGGAGCGGCUGGGAGGAGAGCAAACAUCUGAAGCUGUCGGAGGAAUCUCACACAAAGCCUGGUCCUCCAAGACACAAGCAGUAUGGCACCCCGAAUCGCCCCAUCACUGCCACUACCCCCCGAACCCCGAAGCAUCGCCUCAGCGUGGAUGCCAACCUGCAGAUACCUGAAGUUCUCAAUUCUGCCUCUAAGAAGGACCUGCUCAGGAGGGCCAGUAAGCGUCUGGAGAGUGGGGAGAUUUCCCAGGAGGAUUUCCUGAACAUGGCCCACAAGAUCAAAAAUUUCUUCCAGUACCAGGAGGAGAAGCAGCAGCACUGUGAGAGCUGGGAUGACUCUGGGAACUUUAAAAAACAGCCGCUGCUGACCACCCCCCCCUCCACUCAGCUCCGCCUUCACGACGGCAUGGAUGCAGCAGAGCUGUCCUACUACGAGCACAAGUCCAAGCUGAGGAAGACCCAGGUCACCCGUCCAGCUGCUGGAGAGGAGUGGGAAGCUGAAGAGAGUCCAGAGGAGAGUGAGGAAGCAGCGCAGGGUGAGAAGAGUGGUGGUGGCGGCAGGAACGUUGGACAGCCACCAUCACAUAAAUACAACCGGCCACCACGAGACAGGCAAGGUGAAAGGCGGAGUAAAGAGCGUGAAGAGACGCGGCCUCCGCUCGGCCCCAUGAUCGAGGAGUACAACCACGGCAAAGAGUUCCCCACUCUGAAAUCCCUACCAGGUCUUCGCUUCAGGAGGAGAGCCGACCCCAGAGAGUCCAGUGAGAGAGAGUGGACGUCUCCGCUGAUGGAGCGCCAGCGUUAUGACGAGCAGAAGAGCGGCUAUGAUGCUCCGCGAAGGUACGGCCCACCUGCCGACUCCAGACACCCCGACCUGCGAAGACCAGAGGGACCUCCACCCUCUGGCACUGUGGUCCACAGGAACUGUUCGAGCCCGGCAGGUCUGGACCCGCCGGUCCCCAGGUUUGAACGUGAGCGCCUGUCACCUUUACACCAGAAAGAGUCAGCAGAAAUGAGCCCAGUCCCACGCUUCGAGAGCCCCAACAGUGAGCACUCUGACGACGGACCCCUCAAUCUGAAUGUCCCCCCUCCUCACCCUCAUCCUCCCCCCAAAUCCAUCCUCAAGGCACCGGGCCGUGGAGGACCGCUGUCUUCUGUCCGGCAGCACAGUGACUCCCCAGGACACACACCUCCUCAUGAUGGAGGACACCCCGCCUCCCGGUACGAUGGGCCUGGACACAUGGGCCCCUCCAGACCGCACCCUUCAGGGUGGUAUGAAGUUGGCGGCCCUGGGCACUACGAUGACUCAUCACGGUUUGAUGGGCCGCACCACAAGGGUCCUGGCAGAUAUGAUGGUGGCCUGCCCCAUCACAACAUGCCCGAGCGUUUUGAUGGACCUGGGCGAUGUGACGGCCCCCACAUGUCUCACGGUCCAGCAAGAGGUGGAGAUGGUAUGGGGCGGUUUGAUGGUCCCCCUCACCCUCAAGGCCCCGGGAGGUUUGAUGGUCCUGUUAGUCAGCAGCCCCCUGCGAGGUUUGAGGGGCCAGGACACUUUGAGGGCCCCGUGCAGCGCUUUAAUAAUAUGGCUCAUGGUCCUGGGUCUGGACCAAUGGGCUUCCAGCAGCAGCGGCCCAUGCGCUUCGAGGGUCCUCCAAACCAGAUGGGACCGAUGAGGUUUGAAAGCCCCGGACCGAUGCGCUUUGAUGGGCCUGGUCAGCCAGGGCCCCGGUUUGACAUGCCCGGUGGGCCCCCACUCUAUGAGUCGGCCCCUGGCCAGCAGGGCCCCAUGAGGUUCACUUCCCAACACAACCUGCAGCCGCCUGUGAGAACAUUGGCCCCGCCCGUCUACGACAAUCCCAUGGUCCCUCAGCAGAACCUCAGUAUGGGCCCCCAGCGUUUCCCAGAGCCUAUGAACCCUCAGUUCCCUGCAGGGCCGAUGACGUUCCAGGGUCAGCCGAACUUGCAGCAGGCAGGAAACUUCAAUAUGCAGCCUGCCCCGCCCUUCAGCCAACAGGCCCCCGGCCCCUUCUACAAUCCUGCCGCCCCCAGCAUCAGCAUGCAGCAGCCGGUAAACAUGAUGACAACCCUCAACCAGGGCUUCCUGCCUCAGAACGCAGUGCCUUUCAGACAGCAGGCUCCUCCUGUUGUCCCCCCAGAGAACCACUUUGGUCAGGUUGAUGUUAACGACCUCCUGUCCAAACUCAUCUCCACUGGGAUCAUCAAGCCCUCGCAGCCCGACGCGGCGCCAGCUGCUGGCAACGAAACUUCAACCACAGUCCCAGCAGCUUCACCUGUGGUGGAGGAGGAAGAUGAGGAGGAGCCGGAGGUGGAGGAGGGGGAUGUCCCAGAUCUCACCAGCUUCACCAUCGAGGACAUGAAACAACGUUUCGAGAGCGUCGUGACCAAGUUGUACUCGGGGAAUCAGUGCUGUCUGUGCAGCAUGAGGUUCACUGCCUCACAGACCGACAUGUACGCCGACCACCUGGACUGGCACUUCAGACAGAACCAUGCUGGGAAGGUCGCCAGCAAGAAGGUCACCCACCGCCGCUGGUACUACAGCCUCAGGGACUGGAUUGAGUUUGAGGAGAUCGCUGACCUGGAGGAGCGAGCCAAAAGUCAGUUCUUUGAGAAGGAGAACGAGGAGGAGGUUCAGAAGAACCAGGCAGCUGCCAAAGAGAAGGAGUUCCAGAGUGUGAAAGCCACCAAGGACCAAGUGGGAGAGUCAUGCGAAAUCUGUCAGGAGCCGUUUGAGACAUACUGGGUGGAGGAGGAGGAGGACUGGUUCCUGAAGAACGCCAUCCGGGUCGACGACAAGAACUUCCAUCCAUCCUGCUUUGAAGAUUAUAAAAAUUCGUCGUACAUCGAUGUCACGCCGUCGCCCAACAAGGCGCUCACCGAUCACCCGCUGAGCGCCUUCAUGAAGACAGAAGAAGACACUUCCUGUUCUGCUGCAGUCAAACAGGAAGUGGAGUCAGAGGCUGUUGAGGUUCCUGAUGUGAAGGAGGAGGAGGUUGUAAAGGACGAAGUGCAAUCAGAUCAAAGUAAAAUGUAACGCUGCUGCUGCCUCACCUUCACCUUUUCUUUGCUUUUGGAAAGAGAAGGUGUUUUUAUCGUGCCGAGGACGAGUCCUCAGCAACGUAAACCUCAAUACAUUUUUGUAUUUGGAUUCUGCGUGACCAUUUCAGGUCUUUUGUUCUGUGAGUCAAAUUACAACUGAACUGUUUAUUUAAAAAAGAAAAUGUUUUGUUCCCUCUGGAUGAACGAUGUAAAUGAUUUAAUUUAUAAAUUAAAGUAUUUUUGGUA